AUGCAAGCCAUAAGUCCCGAUGAUUGCCAGCUUAGCGAUUUCGAACUCAAACUCAGCUUCUCUGCACAGCUUGAGAAUUCAGAAAAUGAUACUUCCGACAUCGCUGCGCAAGAAUCCAUGUCCGACCUGCAACUCAAUGCCCAGCCUGAGGUGUAUCUUGUCGAGCUACCUGCUCCUUCAUGUGUUCCGACUGGAUCAGAACUCGAAUUCUGGAAGUUCAGGAGCGAUUCAGCCGCAGACGAGCAAACCGGUCACCUGUGUGCUGCUAGAUGGAUAUGGGAGACAUAUGCCGAGCAGCGGAGACUGGAAGGCAGACUCAUGCACGGCGGGGUCGCGCUGCAUCAUCCUGGACGGCCUUUCUCAAUGACGUGUCAAGUCAAAGGAAAAGCAACAAAACCAGGAGGGAUCCGCCUUAAAUUCAGCAAUAAGCACCAUAGCCCAAGGGUAUGGCAGGUUGUGCCCGAAAUCUGUGAGGAUGACCUCCGACGCCAUAUUGAUGCUCUCGAAGCUGAGAUGAUCAGGCUGAACACAACCGGCGUACUCCGUAAGUAA